AUAAAUUGUUCUGGAGAGCAAAAAGAACUUUUUCUUCUUUAUCUUUCCCCUCUUUCUCACUUUCAACACCGAUGCAGAACGAAUUAAGUGAGAAAACACCGAGGGCUUCCUAUGAUGAGCUGAACGGAAUGACAUUGACACCUGGAAAUCAGAUUGAAAAACUAUCAACGGUGGCUACCGAGAAAUAUGAUGUUGAGCAAGGCCAAUUGGAAACAGUGGAUCGAGUGAAGACGAAUGUCACUAUUGCCAGCAUCAUUGAACUACCUGACCCAAAUAACGCCUUUUAUGAUUCGAUCCCUGAUGGAGGCUAUGGAUGGGUUAUCGCUACAUGCGGAUUCCUCAUCAAUUUCAUCAUGUUUGGUACAUCAGCUAUUUGGGGUGUAUUCUCAAAUGCUUAUGCAACAACCAUUCUUCAAGGAAAAUCAACCACCAUGGAACUCAUGGGCGUUGGCUCACUCAUGGUCGUCACACUGAACUUGUUCGCUCCUGUCGGACCUCUACUAGCUCCAUUCGGUCCAAAGGUUACCCUUGGUUGUGGCACUGUCCUGAUGUCUCUUGGAAUUAUUUUAGCCGGAUUCAGCACAGAAGUAUGGCAUCUUUACCUGACCAUGGGCAUUGUCUUUGGUAUCGGCUCCUCACUUGUCUACAUGUCUGUCGUCGGCGUUAUUCCCCAAUGGUUUAGUAAGCGUCGAGGCACUGCCAUGGGUCUUAGUUCUGCCGGCUCCGGCUUUGGUGGUCUAGCCUUGAGUCCUAUGGUAACUUCACUUGUCCAAAGGUAUGGUCUGCCUUGGGCUCACCGUAUCAUUGGACUGAUGGCAUUUGGUAUCUGUGCGAUCGCAUCUUGUUUAAUCCGUACUCGUCUUCCACCCGGCGCGGAGAGAGAGCCGAUAAAGUCACCUAUCAGGUUAAGCAUGCUAAAGGAUGUCAACUUUGUCAUCAUGCUCUUUGGUCUUGUCAUUGCUCUCUUUGGUUAUCUCAUCCCUUUGUUCUAUAUACCCACAUACUCAAGAGCUCAUGGCAUCAGUGCAGAACAGUCCUCGACUAUUGUAGGCGUAACAUGUGCAAUGAACGCAAUCGGACGUCUUGUCCUUGGUUACUUUGCUGACCAUAUUGGCCGACUUAACAUGUUCAUCAUUGCUUCCACCAGCUCUGGUCUCUUUUGUAUGCUCCUGUGGCCCUUUGCCAAGACAUAUGAAACCAUGAUGGCCUUUGCUGUUCUCUUUGGCUUCACCUGUGGUAUCUAUUAUGCUCUGGCUGCUCCCAUCACUGCCUCUAUUGUAGGUACUGAUAAUAUCGCACCUGGUCUUGCCAUUCUCUUUGUGGCUAGUUCAAUUGCCGGUGUGGGCCCUCCUGUUGCUUCUGCCAUUCAAUUGGCUACACCCAAUGGUGGAUAUAUCGGUGUCCAAAUGUUUUCAGGCGGUGUUUAUAUUCUUGGCUCAUUGAUCUGUGUUGCUUUGAAAGUCAAGAUGACAGGCUCAUUACUGUCUGUCAUGUAACAUAUUCAUAUACAUUUAUUAUUUAUUCCCCUCUACUCUUUCUGUUUUAAUUGCAUGUAAAAUUAGACUUGUUCUCAUCUUUUAUAUAAACACUAGAGCAUCACUUACUGCUUUAUUUAUUUAAACACACAAGAUGUGCUUGCAUAUAUAAAUAUUCAUAUAAUAAAAAAGAAGUACUGUUCCGUA